CGCAGUAACCACGAUGCCAAGCAAUCCGGCUUCGAUGCCCAACGAGGUCCAACCAGAGCCCGUCGUCCAAGACCAGGUUCAACCAGAGCGGGAAGCGGAAAAUUAUUUCCCCAGUCCUGGAUCAGAUCCAUCGGACUCAGAACCCGAUUCUGAUGAUGAAGGUGCUGAGAGCAAUGACGACCGUUCGAUCAUCUUUCCUCCGUCAAUGAUCGAAGUCAUGUGGUCGAUGAUUGAAGUAUUGUUCGUAGCAUUCGCCUUGCCCUUCUGGCUCGAACCUUUCCUUGAUUACGUGCUCGUCCCGCUAUUUGAGCACGUUCUCAUCCCCUUGGUCAAACAAGCCCUCAUCGCCUUAACUAAAUACGCAGUGCAACCAGCGCUCGAGUACGUGCUGAACUUGGUGGCCUAUUUUGCUGUCGAAUGUCGAUAUUUUGCCGCCGAUUGUCGAUACUUUACCCUUGACGUCAUUGAGUUCUCUUCGGAGUUUAUUUCAUGGUUUCUGGAUAUUGUUCUGUGGAAUCCCAUGUCGGCUACAUGGCAGUUCUGGACUGUCCAGGGCAAUUAUGGGUGGAAUGUAUGCUUUUUUAUCACCUUGGUGUGGUUAUCGUGGAGGCAACAGGAGUGGUCUAGGCAUCGGAGGGGCUAUGUGUCCCGAAUUGAUGGGCCAUCUGCCUUUGGAAUUGGGAUUGAUUGGUACGGCGGGGUUGCUGGUUUCAUCAGCUUGAUGUGUAUUCCGAGAAUUCUGGUGGAGCUGUGAUGAGGUUCCCGAGCCCAUUUGGCUAGAACGUGUUCGUGUUUGGUGUUGGUUGUGCACCCAAAGUUAUCAUCGGAGCGUCCUUUCUCAUGAAUAUAUUCACAGAAACGACAGUGCUGCAAAAAACAGAACAGGCAUGACGGGACACUUAUACAGGGGACAUUGUUAUGGAUGGUUUGGUUAUAGGAGACCGGCGUUUUGUUUUAUGGGUUUAUAUGUUAUUGGGAUGGUGCGGGUUGUUGGGAGGGUCGGGUGGUCGGGUGGUCGGGUGGUUGGGAGGAGGGAGGAGGGAGGGCCUUUUUUUUCCUUUUUUCUUUUCUUUUUUUCAGGGAAACAAGACGCGGGGGUCGUGCAUGCUGUGAGUGACGAGAGAGGAAGGACGUGCCCGGAGGUGCGCUGCAUCGGCAG